AUGGUUGGCCACAGAAAGGAAGAGAAGGAAAGGAGAGCAGCAAGAGGGACAAAGUGGCCGGGCUGGGACCAAGGGGGCACUGUGGGGACCGUGACACGGUGUGAAUGGAGCCCGCGAGGGUUUGUGGGCGACACGGAGUGGGCUCCGGAUGCGGAGGUCGGCGGAGCGGUGCUUCCUCUUCCGGGACGAAGUAGGAAGUCCGGGCAGAAGUCUGCAGGCGUCCGAGAAGCAGCGGAACUCGCACUUCGGGGAGUCAGGCCGAGGGGCAGCCAAGCAGGAGGCAGGGACUCGCACCCCCGCUGGGCACGCAGGCGGCUCCAUCGGACACUGCUGACGGCGACAGGACGGAGCGGGUCAGCCCACACGUGGCUCCUGAAACUCCCGCACGGCGAUGGAGGACUCGUGCCCGGAUCAGCAGCUCGUGGGAGCCACAGGGCCGUUUCCCAGUCAGUGGGCGCGGGAGAGAGGACAGCACGGAGCUCUGAGGACGGGCCCCACAGGACGGCGGGAGGCCAGGGCACAGGGAACUGGCUCAGGCGGGCUCCCUGUGCCAGGUGCUGCGGCCGGGAAAGGUCUUCAAGUUCCCCGCCAAGGGGCCGGGCGACCUCUGGGGGAGCAGCGGUUGGGACAGAAGAAGCCACCCUGGGGAGGGGCCACGGAAGCGGAAGCGGAGGCCGGGCUGUGGGAGAGGAAGCCGAGGCGACAGCAAACUCACUGCUCCACACUGCCCAGGCCCACCUCUCAGCUGCGCCGCCCACGGUGUCCCUGGUGGAUUCUCCUUGCCAGACCCAGACGCCGUUUUCGGAGCUGGGGAGAGGAGUGGGUUCCCCUUCCCGGGACUUGCCUCGGCCCGGGGGACGCGCUGUGUCCAGCUUUCCAGCUGUCCUUGCGGGGCCUGGAAAGGGUGUCCUGGGCCUGCUCUUCCGGCCUGGGGUUGAGAGGGAAACUCACCACAGCUCUGCAAAUCUCUGCAGCACCCCGUCUCAGGAGCAGGGACAGUGCCCUCAGGCCGUUGUGCCACUGCCAAGGCCUGGUGGCUCUGAGGCACAAGGCCAGGUGAGGACAAGGCUGCUGUGUCUCCUGCUGGCAGUGCUAAAGAAAGUGUAAGUCCAUGACCUCGUGGGAGGAUGAUUGUGAACAUCUGAUAUGAUUGUUGGCGUGGGGACCUUAGGUCCAACAGCUUGGGUCUUCAAAUCCGCCCUGCCUUGUAGGAGACCUACAAAGGGGAAAAGGUGACCUACAAAUCUGUACAGAUGUUGCUGACGGUGCAGUAAAUCAGCAUGACCCAGCACGCUCAUCGCUCAAGGACAAUUCUGGUCCGUGUGUCGCUAGAGAAAGGGAGGCAUCAGCCUGGG